GCACAGCCGUGGAGAGAGUUCCUUGCGCUCCCGUUUCGAAGUGCAUGGUCUCCGAGGUCCCCGCUCCCUGGGACGCUUGGGCAAGUGCCAGAUGCGGCUGGAGCAGGAACGCGAAGGCAAGGCAGGGCUGGCGGGGCUGCCUCGGUGACAGCUUUCCUGCGCGCCCGCUCCUCCCUCGCACUCUCUGGAGCCUAAGGCGACCUUCUUGGGGACCAGCGCGGUCCAGCCUCUCGCAUCCCAGAGCCAGUUAAGUGGUGUCGGCGGCAUGUGGAACGCGACGCCGACUGAGGAGCCGGGGUCCAACCUCACGCUGCCGGACCUGGGCUGGGACGCUUCCCCCGACAACGACUCGCUGGCAGACGAGCUGCUGCCGCUCUUCCCUGCGCCGCUGUUGGCGGGUGUCACCGCCACCUGCGUGGCGCUCUUCGUGGUGGGCAUCGCCGGCAACCUGCUCACCAUGCUGGUGGUGUCGCGCUUCCGAGAGCUGCGCACCACCACCAACCUCUACCUGUCCAGCAUGGCCUUCUCCGACCUACUCAUCUUCCUCUGCAUGCCCCUGGACCUCGUCCGCCUCUGGCAGUACCGGCCCUGGAACUUCGGCGACCUGCUCUGCAAACUCUUCCAGUUCGUCAGCGAGAGCUGCACCUACGCCACGGUGCUCUCCAUCACCGCGCUGAGCAUCGAGCGCUACUUCGCCAUCUGCUUCCCGCUGCGGGCCAAGGUGGUGGUCACCAAAGGCCGGGUGAAGCUGGUCAUCCUGGUCAUCUGGGCCGUGGCCUUCUGCAGCGCCGGGCCCAUCUUCGUGCUAGUGGGCGUGGAGCACGAGAACGGCACCGACCCGCUGGACACCAACGAGUGCCGCGCCACGGAGUUCGCCGUGAGCUCCGGGCUGCUCACUGUCAUGGUGUGGGUGUCCAGCAUCUUCUUCUUCCUGCCCGUCUUCUGCCUCACUGUGCUCUACAGCCUCAUCGGCAGGAAGCUGUGGCGCAGGGGGCGCGGCGAGGCCGCGGUGGCCGCCUCGCUCAGGGACCAGAGCCACAGGCAGACCGUGAAGAUGCUGGCUGUCGUGGUGUUUGCUUUCAUCCUCUGCUGGCUGCCCUUCCACGUAGGGCGAUACCUAUUUUCCAAGUCUUUUGAGCCUGGCUCCCUGGAGAUUGCUCAGAUCAGCCAGUACUGCAACCUGGUGUCCUUUGUCCUCUUCUACCUCAGCGCCGCCAUCAACCCCAUCCUGUACAACAUCAUGUCCAAGAAGUACCGAGUGGCGGUGUUCAGACUUCUGGGAAUCGAACCCUUCUCCCAGAGGAAGCUGUCCAGCCUGAAGGAUGAAAGCUCUCGGGCCUGGACAGAAUCUAGUAUUAACACAAGACCAAGCACCUCGCUGAGCAAAGUCAUCGCUUAUUAUUCCACACUGGAAACCAUGGCACAACAGAACUCGGGAGGAAGUUGAAGGUUAAUUCUGGAAUUUGGGACAGAUAGGUCUGGAAACAGUGGAGGGUAAAAAAAGAGAGAGAAUCCGUGGUGUGUGAGAAGUUUAAUUUGAUUGCCACCCUCAUCUGUGCUCUCACACACCGUGUCCGCAUAUUCACUGCCUGUGAUCCUGCAUUCUGCUGCUGGUGCUAGCGAGGGCUUAGCGAUUUGGAGAAGGGAGAAGGUACAGAGAAGGCAAUUAGCGCACUUCUCACUGGAUAAAUACGUAAUCUGAUUUACUUUUUCGUGGUAAUAAGAAUGUGAUGGAAAGAAUGACAUUAAAAUAAAAAAUUUAAAACAUGACUUUAAAAAGAGCGAUUUUCAUACAGUCUAGAUCAGCUCUGUCCACGAGAAAUAUAAUGCAAGGUACUAAAGUUAUCAACAUAGAAAUUGUUAAUGAUAAUUUUACAUUUUUUAAUACAAAGUUUUGGAAAUCUGGUUUGUUUUUUACCUUUACAGUGCACCUUAAUUUGGACAGUGAAGUUUCAUCAGUAAUACUUGCUGUAUUUAGAUUUCAUAAAAUUUGUAGGUAAAAAAGUAGAUUCAUAAACCUAAGUUGUUCAAACACAUGUAAAAGUUUUCCAAUAACCAAAACUAUUAUAACUUUUUAAUAUAAAAUUAAUUAAAAAUUCAGUUCUUCAAGUAUUCAGGGGCCAAAUGUGGCUAGUCAUUACUAUAUUGCAUAGUUCAGCUCUAUAGUAUAUGUAAAGUUAUUGAUAAUGUUAUAAAAUGUUUAAAAAUUAAUGCUCAUUUCCUGAAAUGUUUUAAUUACAAAAUAAGCGUCACAAAGUUUUGGCAUGAUAACUCCCCAAAAUCAUACCUAAAUGCCCUAUUCUUGCUUAGGAGGAAAUAAAUAUGAAGUCGAAGAUGUAUUUUUAAAUUAAGUUUAACUAUAUGUGGUAGUAUUCAGGAAAUGAAACUUAAUAAAAAUUAUAGAAAAUCAUAAACUGCCUUAUUUGGCUUAACAAAAAUACUAAAGCCAACAAUAAGGCUUUGAUUUGUGAAUAAAGAAAUAAUUUAUAAGUUACUGUGGAAAGCAUACAGGAACUUAAUGAACAUAGAAAUUUUUCACAUGGUGAAAAAUUCAGAAUCUCUUAAACGCUACUGCUUAGUGAUAUCCUUUAAUCUGACAGCUAUUCAUUUUGAAAUGCGUAUGCCGUGUUCUGGAUCCAAAUUACUUUUGCUUUUCAUGUCCGACUGCUUAUCUGAUAGAUAUGUUUACUUGGAUUUCUAGUCUCCUUUUUAAUCAUAAUGAUGAAUUAUUGUAUGCCUUCAACUAAAUAUUGUAUUUUUGGUUAUAAAUCUAAAGUUUCUUGUGUAAUUAACUCUGUAUAUUAAAUAUAUUAUUCCAAAAAUGAUUUUUCAUAGUCCUGUGCAGUACUAAGUCAUAUAAGCAAUUCCCCCAUGAAAUUAUUGGUUCAACUACGAAACUGAUUGAACCAUUUAGAGAAAUUAUGGCCACGACUGAUUUCCCCCACCAAAAGUAAAGAUAUUAUGCCAAAAUUAUUGAUUUACUUUAUUUUAGAAACAUGAAAAUAUAAUCAUGAAUAGAAUGGUUUCUUUGGAGAAAUAUUUCCAAAAUCUAUUCUGACACUAAAACUGCUCAAUUUAGUGUAAAUGUAGAACUUCGGUAAAUGGAUUAUUCUGUUCAUUCUUGGGAGUACAUCAAUUUUUUUUAAAUGCACUGAUUUAUUUAUGCCCUGGCAGGUGUGGCCCCAUUGGAUGGAGCGUCACAUAACUGAAAAGUUUUUGGCUCAACUCUGGGUCAAGGCACA